UAUUUCAAUGGCGGCAUUGUUUUGAUUGAAGAUCCAUCAUUUUGUAGGUUCCUGCGACGGGGGAUCAUGAGGGGAUCUCGAACCGAUCCUGUGGACAUCAACUCUGAUGGAAGCACUGACAGUAGCUCUGAUGAACACUCGAAUAGCAGCUCAGAUGGGUGUGCUGAUAGCUCCUCUGAUGAAGGAAUGCGUAUGAGCUCCGAUGAAGUGAUGUACAUCAGCUCUGAUGAAGGAAGGCACAUAAGCUCUGAUGAAGGCGGGGACACCAGCUCAGAUGAAAGCGUAUACACCAGCUCUGAUGAAGGUGUAUACACGAGCUCUGACGAAGAUUCAUACAGGAGCUUUGAUGGAGGUGCACAUACCACCUCUUCUAAAGGAGUGCAUAAGCGGAUGAAGGUAAAGAAGCCUUGGAAGGUAUGCAUGUCCGUGUGUGACCGUCCUAAACAUUACACAGUUGGCUAUAAUCCAGACUCUAAUGGUAGAUGGAUGUAUUCAAAGAAUUUGAAGAUGUCAAUGUGUGCUCGGAAGCGUCUCAGCCACUAUAUUAAGUCAGUUAAGCCUGCUAUUGGCCACUACGUGUGUGAGAUGAACAAAACCUUUACCAAGGCUGGGCAGAGAAUGUACUUCUCUACUUCCUUCACUAAAGAGUAUCUGGUGGAUUUCAUUACCACUCCAGUUGAUGGGGUGAAGAUCAAGCUAUCAGUUGGUCGGUGUGCAAGACGUGUUCGCCUUAUUAAUGGCGUGGACAACAGGGCCGCCAUAACACAUAACUGGAGUAACUUUGCAAAGGAAGCAAAGCUGACAAAAGGGGAAAUAUGUGUUUUCUCUGUUCGAGCUUGCAAAGGGAAACCAGAAUUCACCGUUCACAAGAUUUAG